UCCAACCCGACAAAAACAUUGGCCGAUGCUCCGUUCGCCAUGGCGUCCCCCCCGCCACGUGUCCUCGGAGUCGAGCUGGACGACUGCUGUGAGGGCCGCCUGCUGGGUCAAGCUCACUCAAGUGAUUGCCCCAGGUUUGGCCUGCAGAAUGUUCGCUGCGCGCGAGAUGAGGAGGUGGCCAUGGCACUCCAGGCGGCCGAGCUUGAACGCGCAUCCUCUCCGGAGGAGCGCCUGAGAGCACCCCUGACAUACACCAUGGGGGAUCCAGUGUGGGGUGAAGUCGUCAGCAACCAGGAGCCCACCUGUGGCUUCAAGCUCGCCUUCUCCUGCUGCCCCUGCCUGGUGGUGGGCUGCAGAUCUCCGGACGCAAAGCGAGCUUGGAGGACCUUCCUGUGCUCGGUGUCCUUCAUCCUGUCCGUGAUUCAGGUGCUGAUCCUGGUCAUGGUGAUCAUUCUCGACGGCGGCAUGGUCUCCUAUGAGGAGAAUCCCAUGUUCGGCCCCCACUUCCAUCGCUUGGACGCCGCGGGCGCCAAGAAUGCCGCGAAGAUCGUGUACCAAGGGCAGUGGUGGCGCCUGGCCUCGGCCACGAUGCUACAUGCCGGGUGGCUACACUUGGCCGGGAACCUCUUGGUGCAGAUCCGCACCGGCGUGCAGCUGGAGGUGAUGUGGGGCGCCCCCGCGUGGCUGGUGAUCUACUUCGUGUCAGGCAUCUAUGCCAACCUCUUGAGCUGCGUGCUGCACCCAGAAGUGCUGGGGGUGGGCGCGUCUGGAUGCCUCUGCGGUUUGAUUGGAGGUUGGCUCAGCUUCCUGUUCAUCACCUGGAACCAAACUAUGCCGGGCGACGUUCGAAUGCGGAAUGCGCAGAUCAGCUCUGUGCUGGUGUCCAUCGUUCUCAUCAUUCUGUUCAGCUUCAUGCCGCUCAUGGACAUCGCCGCGCACGUGGGGGGAUUAGCCAUGGGUGCAGGAAUUGCCAUGGCGAUCUUUGGCAACAGGCUUCAAGACAAAGUCUUCCGCUGGGCAACCAUCUCCGCGGGCAUAUGCGUGGUUGUCGUCAUGCUUGUGGUGACAAUCAUCCUCUUUGUGACCACGACUCAGAUCCCCGACUAUCUUUUGGAGCUUUGCCAGCGCCCGAAUUGUUGAAGUGCUUGGGAAUGCGUCUUCGCUCGCGCCAGUCGCAUUCCGCCUGUUGGCAGCUGUAAACUUUUGAGCUUGCCGUGGCGUAUGUCCUUCGGGAACCAACUCUUACUUUGGGUUCUGGACGCAUAGACUUGGUUUGCGGACGCCAAGUUCUUACUUGGAUGUGGAAGACUGGAGACAAAGGAUGGUUGUUGGUAAGCGACGCUGGGUGCUGCAGCAGUGCUUUGUGCUGGCAAGCUGAGAGAGUG